AUGGAAAAAUCCCGAGCAUUAAAAAUAUACUUCCUGCCAUUCUUAGCACAGGGACACCUGAUUCCUCUUGUUCACUUGGCUCGAUUGGUGGCUUCACGAGGUCAGCAAGUGACUAUCAUCACUACUCCCUCCAACGCUCAAAUAUUUGAUAAAACAAUUGAGGAGGAUAAAGCAUUGGGCUACCACACCCGUGUUCACAUCAUCAAAUUCCCAUCCAACCAGGUUGGUCUCCCAGAUGGAGUGGAGAACUUGUUUGCGGCCUCAGACAACCAAACAGCUGGCAAGAUACAUAUGGCUGCUCAUCUUAUGCAGCCACAAGUCGAGGCUUUCAUGAAGCAGAGCCCUCCGGAUAUUUUAAUUCCAGACAUCAUGUUCACAUGGAGUGAAGCUUCAGCCAAACUCCUUGGAAUCCCAAGGCUCGUUUUCAAUCCUAUCUCCAUUUUCGACGUUUGCAUGAUCGAAGCCAUUAAGAGUCACCCAGAAGCGUUCGCUUCUGAUUCAGGGCCCUAUCAUAUCCCGGGUCUCCCACACCCACUUACCCUACCCAUUAAGCCAUCACCUGGCUUUGCAAGAGUCACUGAAUCUCUGGUGGACGCUGAGAAGGGAAGCCACGGCGUUAUUGUAAACAGCUUCGCCGAGCUUGACGUGGAAUAUACCGAACAUUAUGAGAAGCUCACCGGGCGCAAGGUGUGGCAUAUUGGACCUACUUCGCUCAUGGUACAAAAGACAGUGCCAAGCGCAGUGGGUGAUGAGUACGAGUGCCUGAGUUGGCUAACCUCCAAGACACAAGAUUCUGUCGUUUACAUUUGCUUUGGGAGCCUGUGCCGUUUGUCCGACGAGCAGCUUUUCGAGAUAGCGAGUGGGCUUGAGUCCUCAGGGCAUCAAUUCCUUUGGGUUGUGCAUCGGAAAAACGACGGCAAAGAAGAACAAGAAUGGUUGCCAGAAGGUUUCGAAGAAAAGAUGAGGAAAGAAAACAGAGGAAUGAUCAUCAAGGGAUGGGCCCCACAGCCGUUGAUCUUGAAUCAUCCUUCCACAGGAGGGUUUCUAACUCACUGUGGAUGGAACGCUGUGGCGGAAGCCAUCAGUGCUGGGGUUCCAAUGAUCACCAUGCCGGGUUUCGGCGACCAGUAUUAUAACGAGAAGCUGAUAACUGAGGUACAUGGUUUUGGGGUAGAGGUGGGCGCAGCAGAAUGGAGCAUAUCGCCUUAUGAUGCUAAGAAGAAACUGGUGAGUGGGGAACGGAUAGAGAAGGCUGUAAAGAGGUUAAUGGAUGGCGGGGAGGAAGGUAGGCAAAUCAGAAGCAAAGCCAAAGAGAUGCAACAGAAAGCAUGGAAAGCCGUUCAAGAAGGUGGAUCCUCCCACAACAGUCUCACGGUCCUCGUAGACCACCUUAACAGCCUCCUGCCCAAGCCUGCAAAUUAG